AUGACUGCUGCUACCAAUUCUCCUUCCGUCACCCUGGUACAAGGCCAUGUGGUGGGGACCCAGCUCAAAGACUCUUUUCCUCAAACUGUCGACGCUUUCUUGGGAGUCCCAUAUGCCCUUCCUCCUAUAGGAAAUCGACGGUUCAGACCAGCAGCCAAAGUUUUGUGCUCAUCAGACACCAUAGAUGCGUCCAGAUAUGGCCCCGCGGCUCCUGGAAAAGCACUUCUCUCUGGAGGACCGAAGCUCGUGCAGAGUGAAGACUGCUUGACAGCAAACAUCUUUCGACCAGCUGGCAGCAAUGAUAAUUCCAAGCUCCCUGUUGCGGUGUAUAUUCACGGGGGUGCUUUCAAUCGGGGAUCAGCAACUAUGCACAAUACUGCGUCCAUGGUAGCGUGGUCAGAACAUCCCUUCGUUGCCGUAAGCUUUGGUUAUCGUAUUGGAGCUCUUGGGUUCCUCCCCUCAACUCUGUCGCAGAAAGAGGGGUUGCUGAAUCUCGGAUUGCGCGAUCAGGUGCAUUUGUUGCAAUGGGUCCAAGAGAACAUCGCCAACUUUGGCGGCGAUCCUGCUAACGUCACUUUGUUUGGUCUUUCUGCGGGGGCGCAUUCAAUUGGCCAUCACCUUCUUAAUUAUGACGAGCACAAAUCGCCACUGUUUCAUCGGGUCAUUAUCGAGUCUGGAGCACCAACUUCCCGCGCUGUUCGCCCAUAUAACGCCAAGGUUCACGAGGACCAAUUUGCAGACUUCCUCCAAGAAGUCAGCUGCCCAGCUAAUCUAGCGGAAGCCGAAAUCUUCCCAUUCCUACGUUCGCUCCCCAGCUUGACUAUUACAAAGGCCCAAACGGCUGUUUUCGACAAGUACAACCCUUCCCUUCGGUGGGCAUUCCAGCCUGUAAUUGAUGGAGACAUAAUCUCUCGUAAGCCUCUUGAGGCAUGGGAGUCCAAAGUCUGGAAUAAAGUACCCAUCAUGACCGGAUUCAACAGCAAUGAGGGAACAAUGUACGUCGACAAGAAAAUGUCGGAUGCCUCCCAGUUCCGCGAAUUCUGGCACAAUCUUCUACCUGAGCUCUCGUCUUCCGACCUUGACACCAUCGAAAAACUGUAUCCUGACCCCGCCGUGGAUUCCACGUCACCCUAUGUCGAAACUCGAGAAGGCGAGGGUCUCGGGCCUCAGUAUAAGCGUAUUGAAGCUGCCUACGGACACUAUGCGUAUGUGGCACCAGUCCGCCAGACAGCAUAUUUUGCAUCAACCCAAGGUGCUCCAGUUUACCUUUAUCAUUGGGCGCUACCGAGAACGGUCAUCGGUCGAGCAAACCAUGCCGAUAAUAUGUACUAUGAGACCUAUAACAGUGCCAUUACGGGGAUCUCGGAAUCGCAGAAAGAACUGUCCGGCACACUGCAUGCCUACUUGACAAGUUUCAUUACGACCGGUGAUCCUAAUGCUCUGUCUGGUCGAUAUGAACGGAGACCGGAGUGGAAGCCUUUCCGGCCAGGGGAUUUGAAAGUCAUGAUCUUUGGACAGGGGAAUGACGAAUUGAUCGGAGGAAAUGUUGCUCCUCCUGCAAAAUGUGUCACGGAUGAUUGGGCAAGGGAGGAGACAGAAUUUUGGUGGUCAAAGGUUCCGAUUUCGCAGCUUGCUUGA